AAUAAAAGGUAAAAGGAAAAGAGUUUUGCGUAACCAAGUCGACAGAUGGCGCUGUGGUCAAUCAGUAUGUAGCCAUAUUGAUGUUUUCGCGCGCUUUGACAUCAGUCAAAAUUCACUACACAACCAAACACGUUCGCUGUGAUUUUGCAUUCAGUUUUUGUUUAUUCUUUUGAAAAGUUAGGAAAAUAUCUUUUCGAAAUGACUGACAUUGAGAUGACGAUGGACGUGGGCCCAAGCACAAGUGGUGCAUCAUCAAAGCCAAGCGACACAGCACGAAAACAGCAUUUACCAUGGAUUGAAAAGUACCGUCCACAACGUUUCGAUGAAAUUGUUGGCAACGAAGAAACCGUGUCUCGGUUGAGUGUAUUUGCCACAAAUGGAAAUGCACCAAAUAUCAUCAUUUCGGGACCACCCGGUGUGGGAAAGACUACAACCAUUCUAUGUUUGGCACGAAUCUUGUUGGGUCCAAAUUUUCGCGAGGGUGUACUUGAGUUGAAUGCGUCAAAUGAACGUGGUAUUGAUGUCGUUCGUAACAAAAUCAAAAUGUUUGCCCAGCAAAAAGUAUCGUUGCCAAAAGGCCGUCACAAGAUUAUUAUUCUCGAUGAAGCCGAUAGUAUGACAGAAGGUGCACAGCAAGCACUGCGUCGAACCAUGGAAAUCUACAGUGAUACAACGCGUUUCGCACUGGCAUGCAACACAAGUGAAAAGAUCAUCGAACCGAUUCAGUCACGCUGUGCCGUACUUCGUUAUUCGAAACUUAGUGAUGCACAAAUUCUGGCCAAAGUGAUUGAGGUGUGCCAGAAAGAAGAUCUUGGUUACGAUAAGGAGGGAUUGGAAGCGGUUGUUUUCACCGCCCAGGGCGAUAUGCGUCAAGCGCUCAACAAUCUUCAAUCAACGGCAAAUGGAUACGGUUAUGUUAGCGCUGAAAAUGUGUUCAAAGUAUGCGACGAACCACAUCCAAUGCUCAUUCAGGAUAUGUUAACGCACUGUGCUGAAGGUGAUAUACACAGGGCGUACAAAAUUCUGGCAAAACUAUGGCGAUUGGGCUAUGCGGCUGAAGAUAUCAUCGGAAACAUUUUCCGUGUGUGCAAGCGCGUUUCGAUCAACGAAAAGAUGCGAUUGGCUUUCAUCAAGGAAAUCGGUCAAAUGCACAUGAAAGUUGUCGACGGUCUCAAUACAUUGCUGCAAAUGUCCGCACUAUUAGCACGACUCUGUGAACUCUCCUAUGAAUAUCGAUGAUUCGGCACAUCAACCAUUCAUUCGUCUCGAUUAACCAUCGAUCGGUGACAUUAUAUCGCUGUUCAUGAAUUCCAAAAUCAUUUUUUUGUCAUUUUUUUACUCAUAAAUAUAGUUUACUUUCAAAAAUCUAA